AUGACAGGUAUAAUUAUUGGAUGUGCUUUAGCAUGUAUUGUUAUAAUGUUAAUUAUUAUCACGAUAAUAUCAUUAAUUCUUUUCAUUAGAAUAGAACGUAACCUAAGAAAAAGAAAUUCAGAAACAAUUUGUGCUUUUAAGAUGAAAUAUAGUAAUUUACAUUUCUCCAGUAUUAAUGAAAAGUCAUCACUAGUAACAAAUAAAAACAUUAUUCGAUUUGAUCUUGAUAAUGAAGUGCUUCCAGUAGGUAAAGAGUCAAGAGAUUUGUUUUGUAUUGGUAAUAAAGGAAUUAAUAAAAUUAAAGUCCAAGUCACUUUAAAAAAAUCAAAUGACAAAUAUUUAUUGGAUAUUCAGCCGUCAUUGGUUAUACUUGAUGGAGGGUAUGCGUGUGAAUUUGAAAUUUUUAUUCAACCAUUUUGCACAACAAAGAUAAAAGACAAAUUGUCUCUUAUUAGUUUUGAUAUGAAAGAAGGAAUUGAAACUUUUAGUAGUAUUACUAUUAGAACCGAAACAGAAAUUACUACAAGACUAGAUUAUGAUGAGUUGGUUCAAGAAAAAAAAAUAGGUGAAGGGUCAUUUGGGGUUGUCUUUAAAGGAACAUACAGAGGGCGUGUUGUUGCUAUAAAAAAAUUAAAAGAGUCACAAAGUUCUGACAAGGCGUUGAUUGAGUUUGAAAAAGAAGCUACUAUGUUGGACAAGUUUAGAAGUGAUUAUAUCAUUCAUUUUUAUGGUGCAAUAUUUAUUCCAAAUAAGAUUUGUUUAGUAACAGAAUAUGCGUACUAUGGAUCGCUUCGUGAUUUAAUUGAGAAGAGGAGUCGCAACUAUGUAUCACAUCAUUUAAGACUGAAAAUCUUAUUAGAUGCCUCAAAAGGGAUUCAGUAUCUACAUGAAAAUGAAAUGCUACAUCGUGAUAUAAAACCAGACAAUGUUUUAGUAUUAUCACUGGAUGAUAACAUUAAUAUUAACGCUAAAUUAACUGACUUUGGAUCAUCAAGAAAUGUAAAUUUAUUAAUGACAAACAUGACAUUCACCAAGGGAGUUGGAACACCUUCUUAUAUGGCUCCUGAAAUAUUAAGUAGAUUAAAAUAUAAAAUGCCAGCAGACAUUUAUUCAUUUGGUAUGACAAUGUACUCUGUAUUAAAUUGGUCAGAGCCAUUUCCAAAACAAAGUUUUAAGUUUGCAUGGGAUGUUGCAGAGUUUAUUGAGUCAGGAAAACAUUUGCCUCAAUACAAUAUAAAAGAUGAGGAGUAUGCUUUGAUAAUGAGGUGCUGGGAAAAUAAUCCCAAAUCCAGAGAAAUUAUAGAGAAUGUUGUUAAAGACCUAGAAGUUCUUGUUAACAACGAUAAUAACAUAUAA